ACAUGCAUACCUAUAUUUAGACAAUAUUGAUGUACUGGAAUGAAGUACAAUACCUAAGAAAUAUGCCCGUGGUAUUUCGCGUGUAUUUAAUAGAAUUGGUUUGUAUUGUUAUCCUACUGGGGAAUCCGACGGAGAGCAUCAGUCUGAGUCAGUAUAAUGUCACUUUUCCAUGUGGACGUCCAGAGGACGCACAAGAAUGCCGAUUUCCGUCUCAAUACUGCGACACCGUAUUAAGCUCUUGCUUUUCGUGUAAUGGAGACAUUUGUAAAGAACUCGAUUCAAAUCCUAGUUGUCGAGCUUACUGCUAUGAUCAAACACAUCCCCGUUUUGGUACCACAACCAAAAACGUGGGGCUACCAACUAUCCCAAUUACUACAACAGAAAACCAAACCGGGCUGACUAGGACAAAUAUAGAAUAUGGAAUCAUGCUUGUAGGUUUGCUGAUUGGGUUGUGCGUGUCAGUUUUUGUUAUAAUAGUGCAAGCCCUGGUAAUUGCCAUGCUAUGUCUAAAAAAGAAAAGAAAACAGGAAAGGGACCUAAUUCCACAAACAGGUGGAAUGCAACUAACCGACAACGACAAUUUCGUAUCAAACCCAGCAGACACUGAUAGAUCAUAAACUUCGUCAUUGAUGUAUUGACGAUCGUUAAUUUCUGUGAAACUUUAACAUCCUGAUUUUAAACAAUAAUAUCGCCUAUGCAAUUGUAGUGUCGCUAUAGAUCCAUAGUUCAAUUGUAGUGUCGCUAUAGAUCCAUAGUUCAAUUGUAGUGUCGCUAUAGAUCCAUAGUUCAAUUGUAGUGUCGCUAUAGAUCCAUAGUUCAAUUGUAGUGUCGCUAUAGAUCCAUAGUUCAAUUGUAGUGUCGCUAGAUUUUGUCUUCCGGUUGAUAGUUUACUUCUGCUUAUAAAUUGUUUGUAUCUGAUCGCAUUGUUCUCUGUAGUAUAACCAAUAUUAUUUAAUAUUUUGUGCUAGUUCAAGAGCCUACUUUCCAUGCCGAGCAAAUAAGUCUCUUCAUGACAUUCUUUAUUUCAUGAUUAUAAUGUCAUUACAAUUCUCCCAACUGAAAACGAAACUCUUUAUUGCUGCUAUAACUCAUAUCCCAUAUUUUGACGCCAAGGUAAGGUGUCAGGAGACAGUUUCUUUGGUUCUGAAACAUGUGGGUAGGGGGUAUACAUCAAAGUCAGAUUAUGACAGACUAAUGAAAAAUCAUAUUUCCCUUUUAUGUCAAUACUUGUAUUUCAUAUUGGUGUAGUUAAUAAAUUAUGACCCUAA